AUGGUCGAAGCCAGGAUAUUUACAAUAUUCACCGACCAUAAGCCUCUUAUCUUCGCCUUCUCAAAGAGCAAAGACAAAUGCACUCCAAGACAGUUCAGACACCUUGACUACAUUGCUCAGUUUACGAAGGACCUGAAAUACUUACCUGGUAAGGAAAACCUAGUUGCUGACGCACUUUCUAGAGUCGAGGAAAUCACUACAGCUGUGGACUACGACGAUCUUGCACGAGCUCAGGAGAAAGAUCCAGAACUGCAAAAUCUACUCCUUCAUGGCUCUACUCUGCAAUUGAAAAGGAUCAAUACUAUGAAUGGUAACUUACCUCUUUACUGCGACACUUCUCUACUGUGCGAGUGGUCUCACAAAGAUACGUAUGGCCAGGGAUACGUAAAGAUUGUAGAGAGUAGUCUCGACAAUGCUUGUCAUGCCAAAAGAGCAAAAUCACCCAUCAUACCACGGCCCUUAACUCUGUCUUCUGGUUACAGAUAUUGCCUUACCGUCAUCGACUGUUUCACGCGAUGGUCUGAGGCAUAUCCCAUGGCGGACGUCACGGCGGAGACCUGCGCAGCUGCUCUAGUAUCCGGCUGGACAGCCCGAUUCGGCUGUCCUGCACUGGUGACUACAGACCGUGGUCGCCAAUUCGAGAACCAUCUCUUCAAAGCUCUCACCAAGUUGGUUGGUGCGCGUCACUUGCGCACAACCGCCUAUCACCCAGCUGCAAACGGCAUCAUCGAACGACUUCAUCGUCAACUCAAGGCGGCGAUCAUGUGUCACACAUCAUCGCAGUGGACGAAAGCCCUUCCACUGGUUCUCUUGGGCAUGCGCAACUCAUGGAGAGAAGAUCUCCAAGCUACUCCUGCCGAAUUGGUAUAUGGUCAAACUCUCAGCCUACCAGGCCAAUACCUAUCUCCAAUAGACGACUACACCACGGCAGACAUCACAGAGUACGUAACACGUCUACGAUCCUGCAUGGCCAAACUCACUCCCAAGCAGACAUCAUGGCACACCAGCACGACGACGCCAUUCUACGUACCACGGGACCUCCACACAUCCUCUCAUGUUUUUCUUCGCCAAGAUCACGUUCGAAGCUCACUCGAACCACCCUACGACGGACCCUUCAAAGUACUAAACAGACAAGCCAAGUACUACACUAUAGACAUAAGAGGAAAGAAAAACAACGUCUCUGUUGACAGACUAAAACCAGCGUACAUGACCAAAGAAAUACAAGACCGGGAACCCAAAGUCCCUACGGAACCUAUUGUCAACAUGGAGAAAAUUACGCGGAGUGGCCGAAGAGUGAGAUUUCCUGACUACCAUCGACCGUAG